ACCCUAAGUGAUACUCUUUCAGAAUUUUAUCUUAAUUACAAAGUCAAAAUGGCCCAGAAAACAGAAGGGAUUCAGCAACUUCUAAUCGCAGAGAAAAAAGCAUCAGAAAGAGUAGUCGAAGCAAGAAAACGAAAAGCUCAGAGAAUCAAAACUGCAAAAAAGGAAGCAGAUUCAGAAAUCCUAGCCUUUAAAAACGAGAAGGAGAAUCACUACAAACAGUAUGAACAAGAGAUCCUUGGCAAAAAAAGUAACAGUGAGGCACAGAUUCAGGUAGAAACAACUAAAAAGUUUAAAGAGUUGGAUGUCAUGCUGAAACAAAACCGUGCUAAAGCUAUGGACGCUAUUCAACAAAGUCUCUUUAGGAUAGAAGUGCAACUUCAUGAGAAUGUUAAGCUGUAAAUUUAGUCUUCUGUACCUUUAUCUGUAUAUUUUAUGUAAAGGGUAGAAUUCUUAAUGUUUAUUUAAUUAUUGACACAGACAGCUCAUGCUUUUAAUUUAUUUAUCCUGCAGAUACA